AUGUUCAGUUAAAUUGUUAGUUGAUCGUUUUAAUUGUUGUUUAAUUGCAACUAAAUUGUGUCUCUCUUUUUCUCUCUUUCAGUCCCCCUGUUUUUCUGUUAAUUAGCAACUUUGAUUGAUUGUCUUUUAUUUCUGUUCGUCUUUAUCCCUGUUAAAUCGCCAUCUUCAUCUCAUCAUCAGGUAGUUUUGAUCGGUUAUUUCCAAAGAACAAACUAUUUUGUUGGCCUUUUACUUUUCACAAGUGAUAACACGCCCAAGUCAUUUUCUUCACAUUUUUACUCAUUUUUUUCUUUUCUUUUCUACCCUGUUUAUUAACUGUUCUCACUAAUCAUCAUCAUCAUCAUCUCGUAUUCAUCAUUUGUGUUUCAUUUGUUCUCUUUCUUUUCCUCUUUGCCUUUAUUGAGGAUCAAUUUUGUCAUCGUAACUGUUAAUUGUUACUCACUGUUAUUUUCUGGUUCUCUCUGGAUUUUUCUCCUAUUUCCGCUUUUUAUUUUGUUCGUCUUUAAAUCAGAUAUUCCUUCACUUGUUGGUGUAUCUCAUCAGUGAAUAUCUCGUUAUUAUUUUGAUUUUUUUUGUUACUUCUAUUUUACUUCAAUUAAUAUAAACGCUAAUCAUCAUGGGUGCUGCUGCUACCAAGUUGCGAAGAAAAGGAAAUUCCAAACCAGAUGCUAAUCCCAAUCAAGUUGCUGAGGUCGACGUUGAAACAGAAGCAUUAGAGAAAAGACCAGAAGCUCAAUUAGGUACUGAAUCAGAACCCGAACCUGCGGCGAGCGCUGAACCAGAACCAAAAUCAACUCAAGAUGAAGUACCAGAGCUUAAAUCAGAAUCUAAGCCAGCAUCAGAACCUGAGACUGCGUCUGAAUCGAUUAAAGAAACAAAUCAAGAACCAACACCAAAUAAAGUAGUAGAAGAUGAACCUAAAGUGGAACUUGAUCCUGAGCCUACGCCCGAACCCGUACACGAACCUAAAGUAGAAACCAAGGUAGAAUCUGAGUUGAAACUUCAACCCGAGGUACAAUCUACCCCAGAACCAGAACUUAAAGUCGAAUCCGAGCCUGAACCGGUGUCUAAGGUUGAAUCUAACCCAGAGCCAGAACCAGUACCAGUACCAGAAUCAGAACCAGAACCAGUAUCAGAGCCAGUGCCAGAGCCUAUGGUAGAAUCUGAACCAACGCCAGAACCAGAAUUGAAGCAAGAAUCAGCAUCGGAAACUUUACAAGAAACAAUCCCCGAAACAAUAUCAGAGCCAGAAAGUGCUCCCGAGCCCGAACUCAAACCUGAACCUGAAAUCGUGACCGUGACUGAGACCGAACCCGAACCCGAACCCGAACCUGAAUCUAAGGUGGAUCCUGAACCACAACCAGAGCUUGAACCUGAGUUGGAAACUGAAUCCAAGGUAAAAUCUGAGCCAGAACUUACGGUAGAAUCUGAAUCAGAGUCUAAGGUCGAAUCCGUAAUUGAACCAGAACCUAAGGAAGAAUCAAACCAAGAACCAGAGACUAAGGAAGAACCUGAAUCAACACCAACACCAGAACCAGAAUCCAAACCAGAAUCUGAGUUAGAGUCAACAUCAGAUCCAGAAACUAAGUCAGAAGCUGAGCCAGAAUUUGAGUCAGAACCAAAGAUGGAAUCAGAUGAUUUACCUUGCCUACUGCAAAUAUGUUACCAAUUUCUAAUAUGUCUUUAUCUUAAUUAAUCAAUUUACCCAUGAGGUAUUAAUAGCGUUCGCUUUGUGAUUUAAACUUUAAAUUACAAAUAAUGUUAAACGAUUCAAACUGUCAAUUAUUUUUUCGUAUUGUUGAAUCGAAUUAAGAUUAACUAAUAUCUAUUUCUUCUACAUCAUCAGUUUAUAUAAUCAUUAUACGUUGUGCUGAACAAACGAUUCCUCAUGAUUAUUAUCUGACUAAAUAAAACUACACUUGAUAAACUUCAA